AAAAUGAUAAUAAACCUUACAGAACCCUCUAGACCUUCUAGAUUUAUUUUUUUCUAGAAAAAUCAUUAAAUCUCCAUAUCUCUUUAUAUAUAAAUUAAACAACUCUCCUCCAAAAUUUCACAACAAAUAAAUAAAAAUUAGAAAAAGGGAAAAAAUUAUGUCUAUUUUUGGUGAUCCAUUUAGAAGAUUUUUAUUGAGUCCAACAAUUUAUAGAACAUCAUAUGGUUCUAAUGCUCUUCUUGAUUGGAUUGAAUCUCCUAAUGCUCACAUUUUCAAAAUUAAUGUUCCAGGGUACAGCAAGGAGGACAUAAAGGUGCAAGUUGAAGAUGGCAAUGUGUUGGUGGUGAAGGCGGAGGAUCGAGGUGGCAAGAAGGACGAAUACCACGGUAAGGACAAGGAGAUAGUGUGGCACGUGGCGGAGAGAAGCGGAGGAGGAAAAGGCGGCGGGGAUUUCUCGAGGGAAAUCGAGUUGCCGGAAGAUGUGAAGGUUGAUCAAAUCAAAGCUCAAGUUGAGAAUGGUGUUCUUACUAUUGUUGUACCAAAAGAUGCAACUCCAAAACCAUCUAAAGUUAGGAACAUAAAUAUCACUAGCAAGCUAUAAAAUCUUUUCCGGAUCUCGCACGCAGCAGCAAGAACUUUAGUGCACCGAGCUGUCCUUUUGGUUUUUGGAAUAGUAAAAGUUAAGGAUAGUUUGUUUAUGUUGUCACAAAAAAUGUGGGAUUGGAUGGAUGUAACAAAAGUACUUGUAGAAUAAAUUUAAGUGUUUGUAUCUGAAA